UGAUUAUCUUACCGAGAUAAAAUAUAAAAAUAAAACAAUACCAGUUGUUUGAAUCUUAAUCAUCAACUGCGUAAUAACGCGAACGUAUCUGGGGAUUUUUCCUUCCUCCCUUUCCCCGUCCAUAACGAGCAACGUUUUCAUAAAGAAAGGGGAAGAACCUACGCUGACACAUUUCCUAAAACGUUCGAGAUGAAUUUCAAUCCUUACACACCACCUUCUUCAAGUGAAGACUCACCUCAUUCUUUUAUGGCAACAUCACCUCCGGGAGGUUCAAGUUAUUAUGUUCUUAAUACUGGUACUCCUAUGAAUAUUGAUAACUUUAACAUAGAAAAUCAAUAUAAUUUUGAAAAUCAAUAUGUUACAUUGGAUGAAAAAAAACCUUUUUUGGUUAUCAAAGAACAACCAAUUGGUAAAUUUCGAUUUCGAUAUAAAUCCGAAAUGGCUGGUACUCACGGAAGUCUUAAUGGAAUUAGUAGCGAUAAAACACGGAGACAAACAUUUCCAUCCGUUGAGUUACAAAAUUAUUCCGGCUCAGCCAUCGUUAGAUGCUCUUUAUAUCAAUAUCACUCAUCGUCAAAAGAAAGGCAACCUCAUCCGCAUCGAUUAAUCAAAAAAAUGGGAAACGAAGAAGUCGAUGAUCCACAUGCUACAACCGUUGGAGGAACCGAGGAGUAUACAGCUAUUUUUCACUCGAUGGGAAUCAUUCAUACAGCGAAAAAGAAUUUAAUAGAUGAAUUAUGCAGAAAAAAAGAAUUUUUAAAAGAAGAAGAGAUUGCAAGAAAAGAAGGUAAAAGAAAACUAAGACGAGAUGAGAAAGCCUCAAUACGACAUGAAGCAGAAGAAGAAUCCAAAUCAAUCAAUAUGAACAUCGUUUGUUUGAGAUUUGAUGCUUUUACAGAACGACCGAAAGAUGGAGUUUUAAUACCCAUUUGCGAACCGGUGUAUUCACAUGAAAUCAACAAUUUAAAAAGUGCUUUAACUGGGGAAUUAAAAAUUGUCCGAAUGAGUUGUAAUUGUAGCCCAGCUAAAGGAAACACGGAAAUUUUUAUGUUGGUGGAAAAAGUCACCAAAAAAAAUAUUCGAAUUCGAUUUUACGAAAUUGACGAAGACGGUUAUGAAAUAUGGAGCGCCGAUGGAAAAUUCACCGAAUUAGACGUACAUCAUCAAUACGCAAUAGUUUUUCGUACCCCUCCUUAUAAGGAUCAACAAAUAACCGAGCAACGUACGGUUUAUGUUGAAUUAAUGCGAAAAACUGAUAACAGUAAAAGCGAACCGCGCGAAUUCAAGUAUUAUCCAAGUCCAAGUUAUCAACCGGGAAUGAAAAGGAGUCGUAUGUCGCAUUCGUUCAAUUCAAAUGAAAGUUUUUAUAGCAGCGGUGAGAAAAUUGCUCCAAUUCCGAUUACGUUAGGCGAUUCGAAUGAAAUUCCUUCAAUUAAUUCUGAUGAGUUCAACGCGCUUUAUCAGUUGGUUGAAAGAAAUAUGAUGAAUCCCGAUCAAUUUCCAUCGAUUCGAUCUGAAGAUUUUGCCGCCGAUAGUUCCCAGGGAAAAUAUAGUGACUCUUUAGUAGGUGGAUUUGAAGAAAUGAGGUUAUCUGAGGAGGAAAAGGCGGUUGUUAAGAGGGUCGAGGAUGAAUUUAAAUCGUUUUUAGCUACUAAACCAAGCUCUAAUUUAAUAGCUAGUAUGAUUGUUAGUUUAUUUGAAGAUCACGUUACCACUCAUGAAGAAAAUGCAUUACAUUUAUUGGUUAAAAGUGGAAACAUAAACAAAUUAAAUUGUUGGUUGGAGGUAAUAAAGCGAAAUAGUGAGUUUCAAAUUUUAAAUGCACCGAAUCGCGAUGGGCACACAAUCGGACAUUUAGCAGCGAUUCAUAAUAAUCCACAAAUUUUAAACAUUAUUUGUCGAUACUCGCCAGAUUUCAGCAUUUUGGAUAACGAAGGAAAUACCCCCUUACAUCUUGCCGUAAUAAAAAAUAGCCCUCCCCCAAUCGUUGAUUUAUUAAUAAGAUCAAAAGAAUUAACGAAAUUACCAAUCAACGCUGAAAAUAACGAUUCCGCAACCGCUCUUCAAAUCUCUGUAUCAAAAAGCAACUUGGUUUAUGUAAAAUUAUUAUGUGAACAUGGUGCUGAUAUUAAUGUAAUUGAUAAAAAAUGCGGUUACAACGUUUUGCAUACAGCAAUUGACGUACAAGCGAUUGAUAUCUUAAAAUAUUUAAUUCAAAAACCAAAAAUUGAUCUUAUGUGUAUGAAUUAUAACGAUAUGACUCCAUAUCAAAUGGCAAAAAGGCUUACAUCCGGUGAUGAAAACGAUAAAAAGUCAAUAACAAUAUUGAAUAUUUUAGAAAAAGCAAUGCUUGAACGCGGGCUUAACACAGAAAUUUAUAUAAAAGAAGAACAAGAAUCCGAAGAUGAAAUGGAAUGCGAUUUCGUUGAAUGCAAACCAGAAAAAUUCAGUACGGAAGAAUUACAAGAAAUGUAUAAAAACGUAAAAACAUUUACUUCCGAGUGUCUAACGCAAGUAUCACAACUAUUGGAUGAAUCAGGAAAGUGGGAAAACUUAGCCCUUCUACUGGAUAUGCAACAUAUUGUUUAUACAAGUAUGUUUGAAAAAGCAAAGAGUAAAUCGCAACAAUUAUUACAGACCGCCGAAAAAGAUUGCAAUCUUUACGAUAUAAGAAAUUUCUUAGAAGACUUGGAAGAACACAAUGCAGUUGUUGCGAUGGACAAAAUGGUUUUUUCUUUACAAGACGAUUUUUGAGUUAACUUUUUAACGUAGAUUUUAAGAAAAUAUUAAAAAGUAUUGAGAUAUAAAUAA